UUUGUCCUCCUUCACUUGUAUUUUUAUUUUCUAUUUCGACACCUUAUUUUAUCUCUUGUUUGUUCAAGCUAAAAAGGAAGAUGAAGACCAAGGCGAACUUGUCAACUAAAAUAAUUAUGAUUGUCAUCCUUUUAUUGAUCACUCUCAUCGCUGAUGUGUGUGUAGAUCCAGUAUCCGCAGAAGGUGGAGGUGGGCACGGCGGCGGCGGUCACAGCGGCGGCGGGCACGCUGGUGGAGAGAGCGGAGGAGGCGAGCACGGCAGUGGUGGAGAGGGCGGCGAAGGCGGCAGUGGUCGUACUCGAGUGGUCCCGGCCGGGCAUGGUAACAGCAAUGGGAAUGGCGCCCAACUCAGCAGACCGCCCUUCAUGUUUGGACUUCAUCUUGACGCGGUCAUCAUCUUCAACCUACUCGUUUUUUAUCUCAUCUAAGUUUAAAUUCCUUCAUAUCUCAUCUCCAUGCAUUUCUUUUCUUUAUACUCUCUAUAUUAUGUAAAAUUUGCCAGCUAGCUAUGCCCUUGCUAGCGUGUGGUAUCUACUAUUUGAAAGUCUAUUGUGUUUUCCAUCUAGUCAUCUACGAAGUACUAUGCAAGAGGGCUAAUCAAACACUUAUACCUUGAAGGAGUUUAUA